AUGGACCCUCGCACGUUAAUAGAAGUGCUCCAGAGACUCCAAACCAGCGUCCAAGAGGCUUCAGUACAGCCACGGCAAGAGCAAAAGAAUCCCUGCCAUAACUGCCUUGACCGCUAUCACAAGACGAAACAUUGCCCGUUCCCCUGCGGCCACUGCGGCCAGGCAUGGCACAACGUCGACGCCUGCACCAGCUCCAGGCGCAAUCGUUGCCGCUGCAGCCCCUUUCCUCAACGACACCUCGCCAAGCAAUGCCCCAAAAUGUGCACACCAGGCGAAUGUCCCACCUUUCACUUGGGCGACAAGAUCACAGCCAUGAUGUGCAAAGCCCGCUGCUGCAUGUGUGGUAUUCCGGGCCACGCCGGUCGCGAUUGUCACCUCAAGAAGUGCCGCUGCGGAGGGCAGCACUUGACAGUCGACCACAUGCCCAUGGAUCGACAGUGCGUCGAGGUGAGCUGCCCGCGAUGGUUCUGCGCCAAGCAUUGCCAGGCCUGCGAGACCGAGCUGGAGAAGCUCAACGACGAGGUAUGCCAGAGCUGCGGCUCCAAGCAGGGGAUUCGUCCAUCUGUGCCGCGGUCGCACCAAUGGGCGAGUCCUGAUUUUGAAUAUGUGGAUGCAGCGUUGGCAUGGGGCAACAGCAAGUAUGGCAAGGCUAUAUUUGGUAAAGAUGUCGCAUUCUGA